AAUUUGUUUUAAAGUUUGUUUUGUUUUUACAACUUUAGGACAGAGCAAGCGUCAUUUAUUAUAUUAAUAUACUUUUGCGGGAGUUGUUUUCUGCACAGAACGCGUCGUUUUAGUUUAUUUCAUUCUGAAUACGAUUUACGUACAUCGGGUAUUAACAUACGUUACAAUACAUACGUUGAUACCAUGAUACGUAUUAGGUAUUCCUACUUCUCUGUAAUAUAUCAGUAAUGAUUUGUGACCAAACUUGUAAUUAUUUUCAGUGUAAAGUGUCAUAAUCAAUGUCAAUUCGCCUUUCAGUUGCGUUACAGAUUUCAAAACACAUCUAACAAGUUGCGUCAAAGUAGGAAGUUUGAUUAAACAAAAUGUUGUACCUUGAAGAUUACAUUGAGCUCAUUGAACAUCUGCCAUCAGAUCUACGGGAGAGGUUCACUGAUAUGAGGGAGAUGGAUCUACAGGUCCAAAACUCGGUUGAUUCCCUGGACGACAAAGUCAAGAAAUUGUUCCAAAAAUGUUUCAUGAAGAAAACUAAGAUCACGGGCGCUGACCAAGUUUACGAGGAAAUCCGAAACGAAUAUUACAAAGCAUUGGAGGACGCUGAUGAAAAGGUCCAACUAGCAAACCAAAUAUACGACUUGGUCGAUCGACAUCUGCGUAAAUUAGAUCAAGAAUUAUCCAAGUUUAAGAUGGAGCUUGAAGCCGACAAUGCCGGGAUAACUGAGGUGUUGGAACAGAGAUCGCUCGAGUUGGAUAAUCCACAAUCACAACAAAGGACCAGUUUACAGAAGGAACGUCGCAAACACGCUGUUGGGGGAACCCCCCACACCAGUACCAGCAACACGGUGACCAUAAAUAACGGCGACGGCCCGCCUGAAAAAAAGAUUAAAUCGGAACAAAUAUUAAAAUCGGAGUUACUCGCUCACCUCCAGGAUAAUUCCAAUCUUGAAUAUACGACCAAAGUGUUGAAUGAAGUGGCGGAAAUAGGGGGGAGGGAGGUGGCUGGCUUCCCCAUUCAUUAUCAUGAAGGUUGGUGUGGUUUAUUUACAGCAGAAAUCCCUGGAGGCUCACGUAGACAAAUUGAAAACGAGAUGAAAGAGAAUCAGUCAUCCGCGCAACCCACCCGACGCACUUCACUGGUUAAGCAUGAAAUCAAGAUCGAGUCACGCACCAGCGAAUACGACAGAAUAAGCGUUGACUCGCUUGAUGCGAACGAACAAGUUAGCGACUCAAGUAUUUGCUCCGCCACCGGGGGUGCUGUACACCGCCCGUUUCGAGCGAAAAAACAAACUUCGAAAGCAGCAGCUUGGGUGCAGCAACGACAACAAGCAGAAGCAAGAUUGGAGCAGCGGAAAAAAGAAACAGCAACCGUUACCGAUAGCAACGACCCUGGCGUCGAGGUCAUAGGUGAAAGUUCAAAUGUGGAAUGGAACUUUGACCCCAAUGAGCCGAGAUAUUGUUUAUGUAACCAAGUGUCGUACGGUGAAAUGGUGGGAUGCGAUAACGAUAAAUGUCCUAUUGAAUGGUUCCAUUAUGGCUGUGUGGGGUUGGAGCAAGCACCCACUGGGAAAUGGUUCUGCCCACAAUGCACACAAACAAUGAAAAGAAGGAAUAAAAACAAAUAGUGAUUGUUAUAUCAUAAUAGAUUAAUUAUCUCCGCCAUCUUAACCAAAUUAUUAAUUUUUUCCUUUACGAAUUUUUAAAUUCUAACCCAUAUUAUACUAACUUCAACUGUAUUGGGUUUAAUUUCCAAAUAUGUUUUACCCGUGCAGUUUUUUAAACUGUAUACCAUAAAACUUUCACUAUAAAAACUCAUAUUUAAAAACUAAAAAAACUUACAUUUGAAAAGUGUAGAAAUUUUCUUCUUUGUUAUUAAACCCCUGCUUUAUAUUCUAUAAAGAACUAAAAUAGAAUUUCUGAAAGUCUCCAUUGAAAUGAUGUCAUCGUUUAUGCCAUAAAUUUCACUUUAAAUCAAGGUUUAAAAUAAGUUGCCAAGUUAUGUCGUAUUUACCUUGGCUGUGUUUCAUAUACGGUGCUUAAAAUUGACAACAUUUUCCUAAUUGUGGUGUAAUAAUUCAAUGAUGAUGUAACAAUCACUUGUGUUUGUGUCAAAUUUUAGCUUAUGAUGUCACAAUGUGUAUUGUCAUACAAUUGUAUCAAUUUAAAAAAAAUUUUUUUUUUUUUUUAAAUUGAAAUUAAUUAAUUGCAAAUUUUCUAUACUUACACACAUAUACCCAAUACUUGGUAAUUAACUCAUACGGUUGUAUCAUGCGUGUAAUAACGAGUGUAUUCUGCAUAUA